UAGAAAAAAAUAUCAAAAGGGUAGGUCUUUAUGUAAGUUUUCUUGUAUUUAAUUCUAUAAAUGGAUCGUUUUCUUGUUCUUCGAUCACUUGGAGCUCAGUCGUCGUCUAUUUUGCGUCGUAUGCAGUAUUUAAAGAGUAUUUGGUCAAUAGAUUCAGAACCCGUUAAACAGUUUAAAAAGAGGCAUUUUGGAAAUAUUCAAGCAUUAGUUUUUGAUAAUAGUGUUGAGAGAUACCUUCUUUCUGGAGGAACGGAAUCAUUAGUAUGUUUAUGGGAUUUGGAAGCGGAGAAAGAUGCUGAAGAAACAUCUAUAGGCCCUAUUUCAUUUAUUCCUGUACAUUCAGGUCAUCAAUAUGAGAUUUCUGAUAUUAAUUGGUGGCCUUUUGAUCAAGGUUUAUUCACGACAUCCUCAUUUGAUCAUUUCGUAAAGGUUUGGAAUACAGAUACUAUGCAGGAAGUAUGUUCAUUUGAUCUUGGAGAGAAAGUAUAUGCUCAUACUUUAUCACUUGUUGCAAGUCACUGCCUUGUUGCAUGUGGUACUGAUUCAUCAUCUAUUCGUCUUUGUGAUUUAAAGACAGGAGCGUUUACACAUUCUUUGCAGGGGCAUGAGGGAAAUGUUUUGACAGUUCUUUGGUCUCCUAGAGAUGACUAUACUCUUGUAUCUGGUGGAAGUGAUGGAUCAGUAAGGUUAUGGGAUGUCCGCCGUGCUAUUUCUUGUUUGAAAUGUUUUCAUCAAUAUAAUUUACAGAUCGAUUCUACAUUCCAGAGGAAUUGCUCGCAUAAUGGCCCCGUAAAUGGCCUAGCUUUUACAAGUGAUGGUUUUUAUCUUGUAUCUGUUGGUCACGAUGAGGCUAUGAGGGCAUGGGAUUUACAGGAUGGUUUGAAUACGUUUAUUCAUUAUGGUCAAACAAUUAGAAAUACGCGUUUUCAAGAAACAAAUCCAUAUAUCACUCAUUCUGAUGAAUCUGAAACUCCAUUUAUAUUGUUUCCUUCUAACGAUUCUCAAAUACAUAUAUUCGAUUUAUUUCAUGGCAAUUUAAUUAAAACUCUUAAUAGUACACAAGGGAAAGUGUCAUGUGUUACUGGUAAAAAAUAUUCAGCUGAAUUUUAUUCAGGAAAUGAUCAUCAAAUUUUUACAUGGCUUCCAAAAAAACCUAACUACUAA